AGGCUCCGAUAGUCUCUGUCUACCAUGAGAUCUUUAACAAUCUCCCAUGAUGAUUUAGUAGUGGAUAAUGGUUUGCAUUAGCUUGGGGUUUCGGAUGUUGUCUUCUAUGCCACACGCACGCUGUUGCCUCUACUGGUUUGCUAUUUCUAUGGCAAUGUGUUUCGAAGUAAAUCAAGAUGAUGAAAAUUCCAUUGUUUUACAUGUUAAGAGAACUACUGCUAUUGAUCCAGUUGCUUGUUUGCCAAUUGACAGUGUUGCAGGUACAAGAACAUGUCAUCAUAUGAGAGGAGAGAGGCCGCACAGAAGGAAUACGACGCACCAUUAAAGAAUGUAACCUGGAAAACUUGCCAGCUGGUCAUUAGUGAGAGCAUUAUUUACUUUUAGCCGUAUCACAGACUAACAGGAAAUCUUUACUAACUAAUGCAGGGAAGUUUUACGGGGCCCUGGGUAAAUUGGUCAGGUGCCAGCCUUCGCACAGAGGCUAACACACACUUCUUUACAAUGCAUGCUGGUUACAGUGUGGUGGGAGUAUUUCUAGGUUUUCUUUGCACAACUGGUAUUUGCAGACAUGAACAAAGAACCAAAAGUACUAAGGUGUGUGGUUAGUGGCUCUGGGAAAAUUGCGAUGCAUGUCCUUGAGAAGCUUAUUGCAUAUGGGGCUAUUCCUAUCUCCGUAUCAUGUGAUUCAUAUAUAAUAGUACUCUAUAUGAACUAUUAAGAGAAUUGGAUUCUUUGAUUUUAUGGGAUUUUAUUAAAUGGAGGGGCGGGACUGAGGGAAGAUGUGAGAAAACCCUAGGCAACCACAAUACAACACGCUCACGGUUAUGUGGAUGUUGCAGGAGACUGACCGUAUCAUAUACGAAAUAAGGAAUGAAUGAGAACGGUUGAACUCAAGCAAUCAGCCGACGAGAUCCUUCUAAAAGGGGGGGGGGGGGGCACCCGUAGCUUUUUGUGGUAAUGAAUGAAUCAAUUUAGAAAUCCUUA